AUGUUUUCGUUUUCAAUACAUUUAUUUUUAUAAAGCGUGAAAAAAAAAAAAAAAAACUAUAACAACAACAUUAAUAUUACCUCCAUAAAAUAGACCCUGCAGCGCGUAACACCAACACUGGAAGUAACGCAAUUAAUAGUACAAUCGCUCAGCGGUGUGUUUGAGUCAGCGCAACAUAUGACGCAGAUGUCUUCUUUACAAUUAUGGAAUUAGCUAUUUGUAAGACAGAGUUGCCAACGACAAAAUUUAUGCUGCCCUCAUCUGGUACGGCCUCGUUUUACGAUACAAACUCUCAUAAUUCGGAAGCAACGGCGCAUUUCAAUGAUAUUCUUAAUUUUCAAACGAAUUAUUUAUUUAAUAAUAAGACAUCAAGCAACAAUAAUAUAACAAAUAGUAAUAAUUUGUUAGAUCACACUUUAGAUUUAAAUGCUAUAAAUACAGCAACAACAAGCAUUAUCAAUAACACUCAACUCAAUAAUAAUUGUAAUAAUUGUAAUACGACGACAACAACAAUUGGCGUUGGCAGCAGCAAUAGCGGUAGCAUUGGCACUGCCAGUAGCAGUAUGCGUCUUAAAAAGAAUCGUAAAGUGACUUUUCUCUCCAAUUUAAUUGAGACCAAAAACAUUUUCAUCAAAGAAGAACCGAUUGACGGUAAUAAAGAUUUACCGCCACCCAUAUGCAGUUUAUCGGAUAUAUCAGAUCAUGAAGCAUCGCUGGAUGUACCCACACAAAUACCUCCUCUUACGCCGGGCACUAAUCGCAAAGUAGCUGAAGUGUUAAAGGCGUCUUUUGCGUCUUGGGAAAAAGAGGUACAAAAUUGCAAUAUAACCAAAGAUCCCCGCGAAUGGACUGAGGAACAUGUCAUAUAUUGGCUUAAUUGGGCGAUCAAAGAAUUCUCCUUAGUCUCUAUGAAUUUGGAGCCAUUUAGUAAAAUGAAAGGACGUGAUAUGAUUGAAUUAGGCAAAGAUAAAUUUUUAGCCAUUACACCGGCUUUCACUGGCGACAUACUCUGGGAACAUUUGGACAUUUUACAAAAAGAUUGCGAGAAACCGGUCGAAGAUUUUGUAAAUACCGUUAAUGCAUAUGAAACGGCUACAAGCGGGUCAAUUUGUGGAUCAGAUCAUCAAGUUGGCUAUAGCAAUAAUAAUAUUAACAAUAAUAGUAAUUCUAGCAGUACUACAACAACAACGACAACAAGUAAUACUAAUAACAAUAAUAAUCGUUUAGUGCCACCAACGGAUUUUAAUGCACCUGCAGCAUUAGCAGCAACAACCAGUGAUAAGACAACGUUUCAUGCAAAUGCAGUGCAUCACAGUGUUGGUUAUUCAAAUCCCCAUGAACGUCAAAAUAGCCCGCCACCACAAGCUGUUAGUAAUACGGCGAUGCUGCCGCCUCCAAGCAUUGGCGCUGCGCAGCAGCAACAAACCGCUCAAAGUACAAGUACAACAUCGACAUCAGCCCUUACGUCCGUUGCUAAUACUGGUGCCUCACCGAACAGUGGUGUCAAUAGUAAUAACAACAAUAGCAAUAACAACAAUAAUAACAGCAAUGGUGCCAAUCUAAACUAUAUGCAAAUGGCUAUGCGAAAUUCAGCGGCCGCUGCAGCCGCUUUUUAUACGCAACAUCAAAUGAAAGAAGAGCCAGGCUCCCAAACUACUUACGGUAAUCUGACAAAUACGGGCGCCGGUGCAGCACCAAACGGUUCCACGUCAAACGAUCCCACUGAUCUCUCUAAUUUCGGGCUGCCAGCUCACUUAGCGAAUGCUGCUGCCGUAGCGGCUGCUGCGGCCGGCCAUUAUGAUGAUAGUGACUAUCAUAGUAGCAUUUCCUCACAAGAUCAUCAAAAUCAGUCGAAUUAUUUGGAUAAUAGUGCGGAUUUCUAUGGGCUCAAUGCUGCCUCUGUUGAACAGAAAUACAAUGCUUAUGGGCGUUCGCGAUUCCAUGAAACUUAUCCAUCUGAAUUUGCACCAUACGAUGCACCGCAAUUUCAAGCGAUGGCCGGUCAACCGCCAAGCUCCGAUCAAUGGAAUACUCAUCAUUCAAAUCAACAUCCAGCUGCAUAUCUUUCGUCGAUGGGUCUCGAAAAAGCUUUACUCGGCGGUUAUACCACCCAAGGUGGUGUACCCUGUUUUCAAGGUUCGGGACCCAUACAAUUGUGGCAAUUUUUAUUGGAGCUGCUAAUGGAUAAAACCUGUCAAGGUUUUAUAUCGUGGACCGGUGACGGUUGGGAAUUUAAAUUAACCGAUCCCGAUGAGGUGGCUCGUCGCUGGGGUAUACGCAAAAAUAAACCAAAAAUGAACUAUGAAAAAUUAAGCAGAGGCCUCCGCUACUAUUACGAUAAAAACAUUAUCCAUAAGACGGCUGGUAAACGAUAUGUUUAUCGCUUUGUAUGUGAUUUACAAAAUUUAAUUGGUUGUUCGCCAGAAGAAUUGUGUGCUAAAUAUGACCUCAAAACUGAAAAGAAAGACGAUGAUUGAACGAAUUCAAAGAUUAUUAAAUAUAGACUUAAGCAAAAAAAAAAAAAAAAAAAAAAAAAAAACAAAUGUCGCCAUUAUAGAGGCAUAAGAGCUUGUGCCUCUUUUCUUCAAUGAAACUUUUCUUUAAUAGCAAAAAAUGUGCUUAACAUUUAAAAUAUUUUAUGUAUAUAUGGCGCGUUAAGUUUUUACUCCAACUUUAUCUCAAAUUAAAGUUUAUUUUAUUACUAUAUAUAAAAUUAAUUGCAAAAAAAAAGCGUGAUG